UCAUAAACAAGACAAAACCAUUAGUUGCAGCCACGUUAGUCGGAGAGGAAACCAUGGCUGCAUUUUCAAACGGUCCAAGUAUUAUUCCGCUGUUCUGUUUUUUCAUCUUGUUUGGUGGUCUAAAUUCAGCGUACAAGGAUCAAACAUUUGUAAAGGAUUUGGCAUUCAGUAACCAUUUGCCAACCAAUGGCGGUUUAUACUACAUAGACACAAAAGGCACAGUAAGCAUAUCACAUUGUGCUAUGUUAUGCACUCUUGCAACCCCGUACUGUGCUGGGGUGCUAUUUCACAUAAAUACGGGGACGUGCCAUAUUCUUAGAUCUCGACUGUACGAAAGUUCUGUAAACUUUAGUCGCAUAGAUGCCGGAUGGGAAUAUUUUGCUGUCAGCUCAAGUUGUUGUGACCAAAGAUGGCACCUUUUUGAUGGCCACUGUUAUCGUUAUGUGCAGACAUUCGCUAAUUGGAAUGAAGCAAAGGACGACUGCAAAAAUCAAGGCGGAUAUUUAGCUAUCAUUGAGACAGAGAUGGAAAAUACUUGGAUCAAAGAAACAUUUUUACCUGCAUGGAAUCCAGAUACAUGUGUGUCGAACGGUGAUCUUUGCUGUAAUUUGUGGGUUGGAGCCAGUGACCUGGAUAGAGAGGGCAUGUUUCAAUGGAUAAACAACAACUCCUUGACCUUUACCCAUUGGUUUCCCGGUGAGCCGAACGGUGGAGGCAACGAGGACUGUUUGCAAUUGUGUAACAAUGGUCAAUGGAAUGAUGAGAGCUGCUCUAAUAACGAAAAUGCUCUCUGUGAAAAGGAAUUAUAAGCUUUGCACAAGUAAUAGCUUUCAAUAAAGCUUGCCUGACAACACAAAAAUUAUUCAAUGGAAGCAUGCAUGUUCAUGUAUCAAUUAUACUAUCUUGUAAGAAAUGAAUUUUAAUUUUCGCUGAUGAUUAUAAAUUCAAAAACGAAACGUGCAUUUUUAAGAAGAAAUUCAAGUCUUAUCUUCGAUCUUUUGCAUGUUCAUGUGUAUCACUUGAAAUUAAAUUAUUUCAUAAAUUCAAAAUAUAUUUGGAAUGAACAUAUUAUAUCAGGAUUUACUUGUAAGCUUGACAGCGGAAGAUAAAACAGUUAAAUGUUUAAAUUGUGUUUCUUUUAAAAUUUCCAACUUUAGAAAAUAUGAAAGGAUAUUCAAUCAUGUAGCAUUGUUUUUGAAAGUGUGUGGGGGCAGCUUCAUUCAAAACAUCUUGACAAUCAAUCAAGACAAAAUCAGGAGAGAAAAUCCUAAUUGUAACUUCAUUUCAAUUCAAUUAGAAUUCCUUAUUUCCAGU